GAUUAAACAAACCCAAGAAAUAUGAUUGGAAGGACAGCAACCUUGCUCUGUUUGGUUCUGACACAGAAAAGGCAGUGAAAAAGUCAUCAGCAGAGACUGAGCCUGCCUGGAAGGGUGCAGGUCAAAAGGAAGGUUUGGAAAUCUGGUACAUUAACAAAUUUGAGGUCAAACCCUGGCCUAAAGAAGAUUAUGGGAAGUUUUACAAUGGGGAUUCAUACAUUGUCCUAAAUACAUACAAAGAUAAGGACACUGAUAGUCUUCUGUAUGAUGUCCAUUUCUGGAUUGGAAAGAACAGUUCCCAGGAUGAGUACGGGACAGCAGCUUACAAAACUGUGGAGCUGGAUACAUAUUUGGAUGAUGUGCCCAUACAGCACCGAGAGUGCCAGGGCCACGAGAGUGACCUUUUCAAGUCCUACUUUCCUAAAGGACUGACAGAACUGGAAGGCGGCUGUGCAUCUGGGUUCAGAAAUGUUCCUGCAGAAGACUAUCAGGCUAGACUGCUGCUCUUCAGCAAGGACAAGGCUGGCCAUAUGAUAGUUAAACAGAUUCGAAGAUCUUCGUCCCAGAUUAAGGAAGAUGAUGUGUACAUCCUUGAUGAUGGCAAUGUACUGUACCAGUACAAUGGUUCAAAUUCCAGCCCCAUGGAGAGGUCAAAAGCUGCACAGUAUCUGAACGAAUUGAAGAGUGAGCGUGGAGGUCCUAAAACUGAAGUGGUGGAUGGGCCAGACACCCCAAAAUCUCAUCCAUUUUGGAAGAAACUAGGUGAGGAUGAUGAGGGCUCUGCAUUCAGUGAUGACGAUGAUGAUGGCAUACCUGACAAGCGACUGCUCAGGGUUAACACUGAAACAGGUGAAUCUAAUGUUGUGAAAGAUGGAAGCUUCUCACUUAGUGAUCUGAAAUCUGAUGAUGUGUUCAUCUGUGAUAAUGGUGAUAUUGUCUUUGUCUGGAUCGGGGCAAAUGCAUCUCCUGCAGAGAAAAAGAAUGGCCUCCCUUAUGCUCAUAACUAUUUACGAAUCUGUGGGAACCCCUAUCGUCCUGUUACCGUUGUGAAGGAAGGACAGAAAUGUCCUCAGUUUGCUGCCAUUGCUGCUUGA